AUGCCUGCCUUCCACGCAUACGGAGGUAAUGGCGGGUGCCUCGUCUCUGCCCCGGCCGAGCUUUCCGGGAUGUUCUGCCGCGGUGGCGGAGCGGUGGUUCAGCAGCGGAAGCGCUCUCUGGUGGCCGCGUCGGCGGUCGCCGCGGCGGCGGCCGAGUGCAUGAGGGCCAGCAAGAAGCAGAGGCAGCCCCCGCAGCCGUCCCUGGACCUGCUCCCGGACGAGUGCCUCUUCGAGGUCCUGCGCCGCCUGCCCGGCGGCCGCGAGCGCGCUGACUCCGCGUGCGUCUCCCGCCGCUGGCUCGCGCUCCUCGCCAGCAUUCGGGUCUCCGAGCUCGGUCAUGCCGCGGCGGCCGCCCCGUCCCUGCCCGAUCUCAACGAGGAGUUCGUCAUGGAGGAGGAUACGGACGACUCCUCCGCAGAUCCCUCCGUCGAGAGGGUUCUCGAGGGUAACGAGGCCACCGAUGUCCGCCUCGCCGCCAUGGCUGUUGUUGCUGGAUCCCGCCGCGGGCUGGAGAAGCUCGCCAUCCGUGGGAGCCACCCGACGCGUGGGGUCACAGACCAGGGGCUCCUGGCCGUUGCCCGCGGCAGUCCUAACCUCUGCUCCCUCGCGCUGUGGGACGUGCCACUUGUGACCGACGCUGGGCUCGCUGAGAUCGCCGCCGGGUGCCCCUCGCUGGAGCGUCUGGAUAUCACUUCUUGCCCGCUCAUCACAGACAAGGGCCUUGCUGCUAUUGCUCAGGGGUGCCCCAACUUGGUGUCUCUGACCAUGGAGGCCUGCUCCGGCGUUGGCAACGAGGGCCUGAGGGCGAUUGGCCGGUGCUGCUUGAAGCUGCAGGCUGUGAGCAUCAAGAACUGUGUGCACGUUGGUGACCAGGGCAUUUCUAGCCUCGUGUGCUCCGCUUCCGCAUCACUGGCCAAGAUCCGUCUCCAGGGAUUGAACAUCACAGAUGCUUCGCUUGCCGUGAUUGGGUACUAUGGGAAGGCCGUCACGGAUCUUACACUUGCUCGCCUUGCUGCUGUUGGUGAGAGGGGUUUUUGGGUGAUGGCCAAUGCCGCCGGCUUGCAGAAGUUGAGGUGCAUGAGUGUCACCUCUUGCCUUGGGGUCACUGAUCUUGCUAUCACUUGUAUUGCCAAGUUCUGCCCAGGCUUGAAACAGCUUUGCCUCAGGAAGUGUGGACAUGUGUCGGAUGCUGGUCUUAAGGCUUUCAUAGAAUCGGCAAAGGUGAUGGAAAACCUGCAGCUUGAAGAGUGCAACAGGGUUACUCUUGUUGGUGUUCUGGCCUGCCUUAUCAACUGCAGCCAUAAGUUCAGGGCUCUCUCCUUGGUGAAAUGCACAGGUGUCAAGGAUGUCUGUUCUGCUCCUGCACAACUUCCUGUCUGCAAAUCACUUCGUUUCUUGACAAUCAAGGAUUGCCCAGGUUUCACUGAUGCAAGCUUGGCCGUAGUCGGUAUGAUCUGCCCUCAGCUGGAGCAAGUCGACCUGAGUGGUCUUGGUGAGGUCACUGACAAUGGGCUUCUUCCGUUGAUAAACUCUUCCGAGGGUAACCUGGUCAAGGUUGACUUGAGUGGUUGCAAGAACAUCACAGAUGUUGCUGUUUCUUCCCUGGUGAAGGCACAUGGAAAAUCUGUUAAGCAAGUUAGUCUCGAGGGUUGCAGCAAGAUAACAGAUGCAAGCCUCUUCUGUAUUUCUGAGAACUGCACUGAGCUUGCAGGGCUUGAUCUUUCUAACUGCAUGGUCAGCGACUCCGGUGUUGCAAGCCUGGCGUCCGCAAAUCACUUCAAGCUCCGUGCCCUCUCGCUGUUUGGCUGCUCUAAGGUCACACAGGUGAGCGUGCAGUUCUUGGGCAGCAUGGGUAAGUUGGAGGGCCUCAAUCUUCAGUACUGCAACAUGAUUGGCAACCACAACAUUGCAUCGCUGGAGAAGCAGCUCUGGUGGUGCGACAUUCUCGCCUAG